AUGAAGUCUGUCAUCGCUAACAUCGGCAUGUUCGCCGCCGUGGCCAACGCCUACUCCUACCCCCGCCACAUGCACUUCCGCCGAGACAACGGCACCGAUGAUGCCCUCACCACCCUGACUGUCCUGACCACCGAGGUCCAGACCAUCACCUCUUGCGCUCCCACCGUCACCAACUGCCCCGCCCGGGACCAGACCGCCCUGGAUGAGCUCCCCGAGACCGACAAGACCACCUACGUUGUCACCAACACCAUCCUUCUCACCACCACUGUCUGCCCCGUCACCGAGGCUGGCUCCAUCUCUUCCUCGGUCAUCAGCGAGGCUCAGACUGGCGGCAUCACCGGCAAGACCAUCACUGCCCCCCUGACUGCCGAUGUUCCCCUGAGCACCGGUGCCUACCCUCCCGCCACUGCUGGCGACGAGUCCCCUGAGGCUCCUGAGCCCACCAGCCUGACCACCAUCACCUCCGAUGUUGUCACUGACAAGACUGUCACCCUCACCCUCGGCACUGGUACCGAUGCCAGCGUCGUCACCACCACCGUUCAGUCCACCAUCAAGACUACCAUCACUGUUCCCUGCUCCGAGGCUGGCCCUGAGGUGACCGACGAUGGUAGCAAGGGCAACGGCACUCCCGAUGAGCCCACCACCACUACUACCAAGACCAGCACCGGCACCGUGACCAAGACUGUCGAGCGCGCUGGUUCCACUGAGACCAAGACCCCCGGCUCCGGCUACGGUACCGGAAACGGUGAUGACGGCAAGUCCACUGGCAACAACACCCCCGACAACGGUUCUUCCACUGGCAACAGCUCCGAGGACUCUGUCUGCGAGGACAAGACCGUCACUGUCACCGUCUCUGCUCCUGCCUCCACUGUCUACGUCACUGUCGGCGGUGAGGGCAGCAAGACCCAGGGCUCCCACGAUGCUUCCGUUACUGAGGGCCCCAAGGGCGGCAACAGCGGCUCUGGCUCCGGCAACGGUUCCGGCUCCGGCUCUGACGAUGAUGAUGAGGAGGACUACGAUGACGACGAGGAUGAGGAGUGCGACACCACCACCACCCUUGAGGCUACCGUCACUGUUGUCCCCUACCCCGUCAACGGCACCACCCCCACCGGCGGCUACGCUGCUCCCACCGGCUUUGCCCGCCGUCUCCGAUAA